AUGCGUCUCUCCCUCUUCGCUGCUCUCCUCGCCGCCGUGGGCAACGUCGAGCUUGGAAACGCGUCGCCUCUGCGCCGUGCCAGCACCCCCAUCCUCCUCGGCAACGACGAUGGCUGGGCGGAAGCCAACAUUCGGGCCUUCUACCAGGUGCUCAAGCAAGCGGGCUACAACCCGCUCAUCUCUUCGCCCACAGAGAACAGGUCGGGCUUCGGUUCGUUAUCCACGACGCCGAAGUCUCUCACCUCGCCCGGAGAAUUCGAUAGCAUUCCGGCUGGCGCACCCGCUGAAGGCCACAAUGCUACCGACGAUCAUAUUUGGUACGUCAAUGCGUACCCGGCGGACGGCGUCACCUUCGGCUUGAACAAUCUGUCUUCCACGUUCUUCGGAGGACCACCCGCAUUGGUCGUCACUGGCCCUAACGUCGGCGGCAACGCCGGCCUCACCACCUUGUUUUCCGGCACCGUUGGCGCCGCGUCAGCGGCAGCACAGGCAGGUGUCCCCGCCAUCGCGUUCAGCGGCGCCACCGGCUCGCAGCGCGCCUACACCGAACUCGUCCCAGGAGACUACUCCUUCAUCUACGCCUCUGCCGCCCAGCGCCUCACCGCCGCGCUCCUCGCCUCCGGAGCGCCGUACCUCCCCGCCAAUACCGCCCUCAACGUCAACUUCCCCGCCGCCGGGCCCGGUACCGACUGCGAGUCCGCGGACGACGUCAAGUUUGUGAUGUCGCGCGUGCACACCGUACUCGGUCUUCCCGUUGACGUGAAGACGUGCGGGAGCAGCAGCUUGCCGUCCGAAUCGUCGGUGGUGGGCACGAGCGGAGGGUGCUUCGCGAGUGUGAGCGUGUUCAGCUCGAGCACGAAGUUGGACGUGGGGAAGUCAACGCAGCAGAUAGUUCUCGACAAGUUGUCUAACAUCUUUACAUGUCUGCCGUCGUAG